AUGUACGACGACGUCGACGAAGAGCUCGCCAAGUCGACGUACUUGGGUGUGCCUGCAACGCCCCGCGAGAACGUCUCUUCUGCUGCGGCUUCGUCGCGACUGAGCACGAUCGUCUUUGCCAACUGCCCCAAGGCGCACGCGUGCGGCGUUCAGCUUGGCACAACGAUUGUGUUCUUGAGCCUCUUUUCUAUCGCGCAGACGUACGUCUGGGACCGCUCGGCGCCCUUCUUCGCCGCGACGUCGCUCCUCCUCUGCUCGUACGAGUUCUUCUGGCUCGCCCACCACAGCACGCGCACCCUCACUGCGUCGCUCGACCCUGACCAGUCGCCCAAUGCCACGGAUUCGUGCGGCCAAGCGCUCGCCGACCGCUUCUUUGGCGGGCGCCUCAUCCUCGUGAGCCUUCUCGCCGGUGCGAUUGGUGGUAGCGCCUACUAUGGUUGUACGUGGUAUGGCUUUAACGUACUCAACUCGUCGAAAGGCGUCAUGUACCCGCGGACGAUCAAGGCGCUGGGGACCUUUACGGGCGGCGGGUCGGGGCUCUUGAGCGUUUACUGUCCGUCGUGGUCGGCCGCCGUGACGCUCAUUUGCUUUGGCGCGUUCUUCGUCUGCGUCAGCAUCGAUGCCAUUGCCUACCAAGCGUCGCUUCUCUCGCACAAGUUUGUGAUGGACAAUGGUGAGCUCUACGCGCAGGGUGGGAGCCUUAUCAUCGCCCUCAUGCUUUUCAAUCCCGCACCGCCGAUCGUGUCGCUCAUCUUGAUUUGCCACCACCUCGUCGGCUUCAUGUACAUUUUCGGCUGCUGCAGUGCGAUCUCGGGCUACAUUGAGCACCUGCACCAGACGUUUGCAGUCAACUUGCUCAGCGGCGUCCUCAUUGCAACGAUCGGCGCGUCGUUUGCGCAGUACCUCUGGCACCGCUGCCUGGAGAAAUCGGGCGGACCCUGGCGGUGCAACAUCCCCUUCGUGCGCUGCCUUGGCGCCGACUCGCCGCGCCUUUUCGAGAUCCUCGCGAGUUGCCUCGGAGGCAUCCUCGGCAUGUUCUUUACGACACUCUACGUCGAUAUUGUCGGGUCUACGAGCGCCAACGUCGUGUACACGGGCGGCGCAAUAAUCUUUGCGAACCUCGGAAGACCGUUCCUAGGUGUGCUCAAGCAGGUUGCUGGCGACACGCCACCGCGCGGCAUCUUCGGCGCCCACGGCGGCCUCCUCGACGGCCUUCAGCUCUUCUUACCGCUGAUCCUGGCCUUUUCGCCAUACUACCGGGUGUACAUCGGUAGCACAGACCCCACUGGCAAUGGCACGCUUCGCAAUUAG